CCGGUGUCUGAUGUCAGUAGGAAGCGCCAUACAUUUGCAACGUUUUUCUACUGAAAAGUUUUGGAGUCUUACCAAAUGAACACAAGUGCCUUUGAAUUAAUUAUUUAAACACAUACUGGACAAAUGGGGUAACCAACCCAUCUUCUGGAAAGCUACUGAGUGUGCUGGUUUUUACACUAGCCCUACCUGAACUCACUGGAUUUAGCCAAUCCUGACCUCAAGUCAAGAUGGAUGACAUCAACCUACACUACAGGUUCCUGAACUGGAGGAGGAGGAUCAGAGAUGUGCGUGCUGUACGCUUUCAGGAGCGCUACAAAAGAAUGCUGAAGAAUGGAGACACACUCAGCUAUCAAGGGAACUCUGAUGAGGUUGGCUGCUAUGUGGCUCCCCGUCCCUUAUCAAAGGGAAACUGCUACUUUGAGGUGACCAUAAUGGACACAGGGGUGAGAGGGACGAUAGCAGUAGGCCUGGUGCCACAGUUCUACAAGCUGGACCAUCAGCCAGGCUGGCUGCCACAGUCUGUAGCCUACCACGCUGAUGACGGCAAGCUGUACGAUGGGAACCCUGUGGGCCAGCAGUUUGGGCCCAAAUGCAACCGUGGUGACAGGAUUGGCUGUGGAAUAUACUGUGAUACCAUCGAGGCUGGGUUGACCACAGUCUUUUUCACCAAGAAUGGCAAAGAGGUGGGCUCGUUGGUGUUCCCUGCAGCGGCGGAGGGCCUGUUCCCAGCAAUCGGGAUGCACUCUCUGGGAGAGGAAGUGAGGCUGGACCUCCAGGCAGAGUGGGACAUGGAGGAGGCCGACAGCAUCAUGAUGGUGGACAGCCACGAGGACGACUGGGGACGUCUCUACGACAUCAGGGUCACUGGCACGCAGCUCCUGGAGUACGUUGGGAAGGGGAAGAGCAUCCUGGACGUGGGUCUGGCCCAGGCCAGGCAGCCCCUCAGCACACGCUGCCACUACUUUGAGGUGGAGAUAGUGGACGCUGGAGAGAAGUGCUACAUCGCCCUGGGCCUGGCCAGAAGGGACUACCCCAAGAACAGACACCCGGGCUGGAGCCAAGGCUCAGUGGCUUAUCACGCAGAUGAUGGGAAGAUCUUCCAUGGUAGUGGGGUUGGGGAGCCGUUUGGUCCUCGCUGCAUCGAGGGUGACAUCAUGGGCUGUGGCAUCAUGUUCCCAAGGGACUACAUAUUGGAUGGUGAAGAUGACAUAGAUGAGUGGGACACGUUGGAGGUGCUGCCAAGGCAGGGAGAGGGGCGGAUCCAGAACAUUCUGUACCUGAAUGAUGAGGAGGAGGAGGAGGAGGAGGAAGAGGGGGGCGAACUGGACCAGGAGCAUGACGGCAGGAAGGUCAUGGUGUUCUUCACACGGAACGGGAAGCUGAUGGGUCGCCGUGAGGUGGUGGUGCCCCCAGGGGGGUUCUACCCCACCGUGGGGAUGCUGAGCAGCGGAGAAAAGGUCAAGGUAGACCUGCACCCCCUCAGUGGAUGAACCUGACCAGCCUGCAUCCUCUUAGUGGAUACGAUGAGUCCAGAAACCGAACACUGCACCCUGUCAUCGCCUGACCAGUGACCACAUCAAGCCUUACUGGGGAUCAGCGUAGUGAAACUAGGGCAAGGAUUCAUUCCAUGGCGUUCUAUAACUGACUUUUAAAGGUAUUUUAUGCUUGAGCGUUUACCAUUUAUUUGAUCUCUGCAAACAUCUGGGAAAAUGCUGUUAAAAAGCAUAUUGUGGUCCGUAUAAAAUGCUACCCUGUAACACAACUUGAAUAGAAUCCCAGCCUUAGUCACAACCAUCAGGACUCACUGUGGCAAAAAUGUAUAUAUACACUGAUGCAGUGAAAUGUGUUGUUUUACAGCGUCAGCAAUAGUAGUUUGGCAAAUUAGGGUAAAGUACCUUGCUCAAGGGAACAUAUAUAUAUUUUUUUCUCACAUUGUUGUCUCGGGUAUUCGAGCCAGCGACUCCUAAAACUACCAUCAGGACUGACUGUGGCAACAAUACCAUCAGGAUUCACUGUGGCAACACUACCAUCAGGAUUCACUGUGGCUAAACUAAAGGCUUAGCCUGAGACCGAGUUGUUGGAUAAUUCUGUGCAAUUUGUUGUUUUAUCAUUUUUCAUCAAGCCACAUUUUUUUCCCCCUGUCAAAGCAAAUAGUCAGCCCUGCCUGGUCCUGGGCUCUGAAACAGUGGAGCCCCUAAAAUGUCUCUCAUGAGGUCUACUGGCACACUUUGUUGAUUUCAUUUGUCAUGGCCCCAAACAUAGCAAUGCAUGUCCAACAGAGUCCGAGAGCCUGCUGGCAGUUCAUGUUAUAGGCACUAGUGAGUGAGUAGUGCUCUCCUGUGAGCACUGGAAGUUGCUUCCCAAAUGGCACCCUAUCCCUUAUAUAGUGCACUACUUUUGUGCCCUAUUUGCCCUGGACAAAAAAUCAUGCACUAUAUAGGGAAUGGGGUGACAUUUGGGAAGCUGGUAGAUUGUGUGUGUGAUUGAGUGAGUAGUACCCUCCUGUGAGUGCUCACUAACCUGCCUCCUGGAGCUGAGCUGAGCUUGAUAGGCCCCAGAUCUGUUAGUGCUUUAUAGCCAACUCUUAUGAUCAUUGUCAUGCCAAACACAGAUUUGGGACCAGGCUUGAGCUGGGCUAGGUGGGAGUAAAAACGAUAUUCUCCAUAUCAAAUGGAUGGCAUCCUAGUAUCAAGUAACCCCUUAUCAAAGACUGGAAAUUAUGUUAAUGUGUGAAUAUACACGACAUGGUAUGUGGACAAAAGUAUAUGGACAGCCAUUGAAAUGAGUGGAUUUGACUAUUUCAGCUAGAACCGUUGCUGACAGGUGUAUACAAUCGAGCACACAAUCGAGCCUGCUUCCAACUUUGUGGCAACAGUUUAGGGAAGGCCCUUUCCUGUUUCAGCAUGUCAAUGCCCCCGUGCACAAAGCAAGGUCCAUACAGAAAUGGUUUGUCGAGAUCUGUGUGGAAGAACUUGACUGGCCUGCACAGAGCCCUGACCUCAAUCCCAUCGAACGCCUUUGGGAUGAAUUGGAACGCAUACUGCGAGCCAGGCCUAAUUGCACAACAUCAGUACCCGACCUCACUAAUGCUCUUGUGGCUGAAUGGAAGCAAGCCCCCUCAGCAAAGUUCCCAGAAGAGUGGAGGCCGUUACAGCAGCAAAGGGGGGACCAACUCCAUAUUAAUGCCAAUGAUUUUAGAAUGAGGUGUUCGACGAGCAGGUGUCCAUAUACUUUUGGCCAUGUAGCGUAUGUACAUAUUCUAUGUCAUAUAUGUUUGACUGUAUAGAUUCAUAAUCUCCUAUAUAUUUUUGUAGAUUUCUCUCUACAUGGAAUUCUAUAACUGAAGACAUGGGAGAGAGACUGUUGGCUUUUUGUAAUAGGGGGGAUGGGUGGUGAGGGUUUAGUUAAAAAUCCCAAGCACUUUUUAAGUGUCCUCUAUCCACUCCCAGUGUAAUUUACAAGCGGUUUCUUUCUGUCUAAUUAUAUGUUCCGAUUCGUUUUUCAUGAACAUAUUUUGGUUGAGGAUAAUGGAUCAACUGCACACGAGAUCAUCAAUAUGUCGACAAUGUCUUCUGCAACAGUAUACUUUUGUCACAAGCACGUUAGAAAUGGUUGAGUCGGGUGGUGUCUGUAGUACACAGUAGAACCAGCAGAGUGCGAUCAGCAUCCUGUUCAGGCCAAUCUGAGAGGAAUGUAUGUUUGUUGUCCCAAAUGGCACACUAUUCCCUACAUAGUGCGCAAUUUAUUAAUUUUUUACCAGGGCCCACUGGUCAAAAGUAUUGCGCUAUGUAGGGCAUAGGGUGCCAUUUGGGACUGAGUCUGUCUAAAUGUAUACAGAGGAAGAGACGGCGCGCUUGUCAUUUGUUCAUAAGGUUUAAGAGACUUGUUCCGAUCUAUGCCAAAUGUUUAAGGAUUCUGAUCAAUCCGUCAUAUUGCAUUUCUAUUUGUAUGAUUUAACUCGCCAUGAGAUGCUUCUGUGUACAUCCCAAAUGGCACCGUAUUCCCUAUAUAGCGCACUAUUUUCGACCAGAGCACUAUAGUCCCUGGUCAAAAGUAGUGCACUAUAAAGGGAAUAAGGUGCCAUUUGGGACAUUAUCUGUCACCUGGAUGUGCCUCAUUCCCUUGAUAUUGCCACAAUCCCACACAGCAGCACCUCUGUAGUCACGGUUCAGGCAUCUUGAAGACCAUAGACAUGCUUAUUCAUAGAUGACAUACAAGCACGAGAAAGAAGGCUGUACUUGUAUCUCAAUUAGGGUUGCAAAAUUGUAACUUUCCAAUAAUUGUCAGGUUUUCCAGAAAUCGUGGUUGGAGGAUUCUGGAUUUCCUGCAUAUUCCCUCCUGAACCUUCCAGACAGGAUUGAUGGGAAACCUGGGAAUUUUGGGGAAAUUAUCAGAAUUUGGCAACCAUGAUCUCAAUGUAAAUGUUAGCACCUUGCCUACUUCCAGGAAGGCUGUCUUACUAAUUAAUAUGCAUUAAAAGGUAGUUAUUUCCAUA